AAUACCAAAUACCACUCAGACUAUGCGUUAAAGCGCGGUUCGUGCGUGCGCUGGUACGCCUGUGUGGUUCUGUUGGUCAUAACAUUUCUACCCAAUGUCUAUUUUGGUGAAGCCUUUAUCUGUGUAUUAUUUUUACUCAAUCUCUACCACAGGAGGUUGGUGACAUCUUCAUUGGGGAGGACGGGCUCGUGGUAAUAGCUGGAGCGGGAUAAGUGCAAUGGAAAUACACCACACACAUGGUUUGGUCCCAUUCCAUUCGCUCCUUUCCAGCCAUUAUUAUGAACUGUCCUCCCCUCAGCAGCCUCCACUGAUCUCUAGAUGGGAUGGUCGAAGAAAGAUCUAAAUAAUGUUUACAAUCAAUACAAUAGCAUUUAUUAGGUUUAAGCCUACCAGUACUGUAUUUUUCAGGUAGCCAAAUCACUAUUUCCCAGAAAAACACAUUUUAUUCCAUUAUAAAACCCAUUACGUCCAGCUUAGCCUAUUGGUCAAUAUCAAGAAAGUGAUGCAAAUAGGGAGUAUAGGCUAUAGCCUAAUGUCAAUCAAACAUUGGCACCAAUCCUUGUGCGUUCAGGGCAGGGCAUCUAGAAGCGGUCACAAUAUAAAUCCUGUAAGAACUGCACUUGUCAAGACGCUCUGGUCUACCCCACCAAGACAUCUAUCUACAUUGUCAAUGUGUGUGAUUAUGCGAUGAUGGGAAGGACGCAUAGCAAUUGUUGCGCUCUUAUCAUUUCAAACUAACCUGGGGAUGUAUUGGAAGCAGAGCGAGCGACUCCAACCCUGAUUUGAAGUUGGAUAGCCUACAUAAAUCACUCGAAUUUAAUAACAGAAACAAUGACUGAAGGAAACAACAGCAAUGCAGGCCUUCUGAAUUGGUCCUUGACGGAUCUGGACCGGUUCAGUAGCCUAGAGGACAUCGACGUGACAGCGGACGGGACUCCGAUUUUGAGGGUCUUCAUCUGCGUCGUUUACUCGGUGGUGUGCGCUGUGGGCUUGGUGGGAAACUUACUGGUGCUCUUCUUUAUCAGAGUGAAACAAGAGCGGAAAAAAUCCAGAAUCAACUUCUUUGUACUUAACUUGGCAGUGACGGACUUCCAGUUUGUGUUGACUCUGCCGUUCUGGGCAGUGGACACCGCACUUGACUUCAGCUGGCCGUUUGGAGACGCCAUGUGCAAAAUCAUCAGCUCCGUCACCGUUAUGAACAUGUACGCGAGCGUGUUCUUUCUGACUGCAAUGAGCGUCACCCGAUACUGGUCCGUCGCCUCCUCUCUAAAGGACCGAACUAGGCAAAAGUCCUGCUCUGCCAAAUGGAUUUGCGUGGUUCUUUGGGUAUCCGCAACAGUUGCGACUGCACCAACAUCCAUAUUCUCAACCGUGACAAAUGUAGCGGGGGAAAAAUUAUGUUUGCUUAAGUUCCCUGAUGGACAAUAUUGGUUAGCAGUUUAUCACCUUCAGAAAAUAAUAUUUGCAUUUGUUUUACCCAUGGCCAUUGUUUCAUUCAGCUACAUCAUGCUUUUGCGAUUCAUCCGCAACCGUAGUAUGAAAACAAACACCAAACGGACAUCACAAGUCACCAAAUCUGUCACCAUCGUGGUCCUGUCCUUCUUUCUUUGCUGGAUGCCAAAUCACGCCAUCACAUUCUGGGGCGUCCUUGUGAAAUUGAAUGCUGUGCAUUGGGAUAAAUCUUACUACAUAGUUCACACUUACGUAUUCCCUGUGACAGUCUGCCUUGCGCACGCCAAUAGCUGUCUAAACCCUGUCAUUUAUUGCCUGAUGAGAGAAGAGUUUAGAAAGAAACUGAAAGAUUUGUUAUAUCGCGGAUAGUCACUUUACGCAGUGGAAAAUUCGGUUGCCGUUGCCAUUACGCACGCGCUCCCUGAUGCGUAAUGUGCCAUACAGGGCGCACGACAUUGGGGGUACUGUAAUAGGCGGAUGCAGUAUGUUCUGUUGGUGGAAAAAAAUCACAAAAUAGGCAUAGGCAAGCACUAAAACAAAAUGUCACAAUGAUACAGUAUCCAAUGGCUACCAAAAUUGCGCAUGAGGAAAUUCUGCCUGUUAUGGUUCCUCCUGUCCAUGUGCUGUUGUAUUCCCGGACAGUCAUCAUUAAACGAUAGAGAAACCGCCCGGACAGUCAUCAUUAAACGAUAGAGAAACCGCCCGGACAGUCAUCAUUAAACGAUAGAGAAACCGCCCGGACAGUCAUCAUUAAACGAUAGAGAAACAGACUAGAUAUUGUCUUUAUCAUUCCAUCAUAAGUGUAGCCUCGUGGAGAGAAACGUACCCAUGAUCCCAUGUCAUCCUUCACAGCUGCACGUCUAGUCUUCAUUGUGUGGCAUUUGUCACAAAUUCACAAAUGACAUGCAAUUGGAGGGAAGUGUAAAUAUUAUGCCUAUGAUAACAGAUGAAUGAAUGUGAACUUCAUAGAUUGAAAACGACCAUAUUGUCUAAAUUGUGUUCAUGCAAAAUGUUUUUUUUAAUAAACAUCCAUAUAUUUAAUCUCA